AUAUGAUUUAGCGCAAAGUUAUGGGAAUCGUAGCUAACCUUUUGGAGGGGAAGCAUAGUUGGGUGUUAUAUCUGGGUUGUCAUAGCUCAGUUCAACAGCACAAAUAUUCAUAGCGAGGCUAAUUUCGUUUACGUGUAAAUAUUUGUGUGUUGUUGACGAAACGAUGUCAAAAUCAGAAAACCAAACAGCGGCAGAUAUGACGGAGGCGAUGGAGAAAACGAUGCAGCGACUUGAAGGAAGGUUUCAGGCGAUAUCUGAACAGCUGGAGUCGAAAAUAGAUGAGAUGGGAACCCGCAUUGUUGACCUUGAGAAGAACGUGGCUGAGCUCAUGACGCAGGCUGGCAUGGAGGAGCAGGCCAAGUCAAAGUGACAGCGGGUCCACGGUUCAUCUGGAGUAUGAGCUCUUGCCGUGUAACCUCCAAAAUCUGAGGGCUUCCUGUUGUUUAUGGCAACAGUGAUGUCGCUUUAGUGAUGACUAAAAAGUGUCACACAUUCAUGAGACAUCUUCAGAAGGGACUUCUGAGUUGACAACAGUUGAUAUCACUUUAAAGUUGAGCCAAAUGUAUGUCUUUUCUAAAGUACUUUCAUACUGUGUGUACCUGUCAGUACUAACACUAACAACAGGUUAAAGAGACUUGAAAGACCAUGUUAACGAUUUAUUUGUGUUGUAACAUUUUUUGUUUUCAUAGCUUGUCCAAUCACAUUACAGCUGACCGUGGUGCUUAAUGGGACCCUGUAGAGAUUUAUUGUUUUUUCUUCUUCACAUUUUAAGUUUUCUAACCAAAAGAAAUUUUGUUUGUACUCUCGAACAUACUGACUGCAUUUACUACCUCAUACAAUAUUUUCAAAAGCUUUUUGAUGUCUUGGAACCCGCAUUGUGUACAUGUUUUGAUCUUCACGUACAUCUGUUACCGGCACGUUUGUUGGUAUGUAUGUGCUCAGCUGCACGGUUUGACAGCGUUUGCUAACAGUGCAGGGACGUGUCUCUCAGGUCACUGUUGCUCCACAGUGCCUCUAGUGGUCAAACCAUUAAACACGGAGGAAGCAGAGAUUAAAAUCGCCAAGCGCAAACACUGCAGCUGAAUAAUCCUUUUUGGCUGGGAAUUAACUUGGUGAAAUGACAUGUUAUUAUCUAAGAGGCAGCCAUGAAGGCUGGUUGCAAAAAGGUGCUUCAGCACUUCCUUUCCCGUUUUCUUCGGUAUAGAGUACACAAGACCACAUUAUGCAGUGCCACAGUGCACAAUGUGGUCUUGUGUACUCUAUACAAGACCACAUUGUGCAGCACAAUGCCUUUUCACCCCUGGUGUAACUCUGCAAUCCACUGGAAGUCGAUAGUUUAGAAGCAGUCUUCCAGAUUUCCAAUCUGUAUGUGUCCCAGUCUCUGCACUUCAUGAGCAUCUAGCACACUUUGAAAGGGACAGGAGAAGGUUAGUUCUGCAUGCUCACAAACACUUGUAUCAAGUGCAAAUCAACUAAAUGGAAAUUGGAAAGCACACAGGUCUUACAACACAAAGUCUACAUGCAAUAAGAGGGUAACUGUUCACUGCUAUGACAUCAUGUGUUUUACUGUCCCUGAAGUCAGGCUUGGUGGAUCAUGGUGGACUUUCUAACUGGGAAUGGUGGUGAGAAGGCAGCCCUGAGAAAGCUGUUGACCCACUUUAAUGAGUCAAUUUAACGACAGUAUCUUCAUUGUUUUUGUGUGUACAGCUUGUACUCAGAUAAUUUAGAAAAUGUCUUCUACACUUUAAAAUGUAUUCAACACAGCAUUGAUGUUUUAUUGGAUCAACAUGUGUACUUUAUGUCUGUCAAAAUGCAUGCAGUGACGUGAAAUAACUUAUCACAUUACUGGGAGAAAAUCACAUUUUGAGAAAAGUCUUAAGCUGUAACUAUUUCACAGAAAAGCCUGGAAACCACUAAAGCCCUCCAAAUGAUUUAAGCUGUCUGUGUUCAUGGAGGCUGAGCUCAUAUCUGGUUUUGUAUCAUUUGCAGGCUGACAUAAUGCUAACGAUGAUGGAGUGUUGUCUUGUUGACUUAAGCUUCUCUGUAUAUCUGGGAGAAUAUACUGUUCACCUCUAUGCAAUUAAUUUCUGAGCAGAAUCAUGUAGCAUGUACAGCAGUAUGUCAUCUCACAUGUCCCCACACGUGUGUGUGUGUAACCACUGUUGAAUGCACACAGUGUUGUUCUCAGAUUAGACAUCAGACCCACACAUCAGUUAGCAGUGUUGUAGUUGACUGUUAAUCACUGUGUGCCAAAGUUAACAUGCAAUAGCCAAAUAAAGAUUUUUUUCCCCAACAGUC